CGCAAAGAAGAAGAAAAAGCGGAAAAACGCGAGGAAAAUAAAAACGGAAAAUUUUCUUUGCCGGUGAGACUGGAAAAUCGCUUUGAUAUCGUCUAAAGACAAUCUUCGUGCCAUCGCCUUACCAAAGGAUGGAGUUCUCACGUUUGAUGCUGCUGUGUCUGGCCGGACUUGCGCUGCUACAGCUUGCCAGCGCCGAAGGAAAGUUGAAGAUCGGAGUCAAGAAGCGGGUUGAUAACUGCUCGGUUCGCACCAAAAAGGGAGAUCUGGUGCACAUGCACUACACGGGCACACUGGAGGAUGGCACCGAGUUCGACAGCAGUAUUCCGCGUGGUGAUCCGCUUACCUUCACACUCGGUAUGGGCCAGGUGAUCAAGGGCUGGGACCAGGGACUGCUGAACAUGUGCGAGGGCGAAAAGCGGAAACUUAUCAUCCCCCCGGAACUGGGCUAUGGAGAGCGUGGCGCCGGAGAGAAGAUUCCGCCCAACUCGGUGCUUAUCUUCGAGGUGGAGCUCGUGAAGAUUGAACGUAAAACCGAGCUGUGAAUCACUAGCAAUGCCGGUGUGGCCAGGACUGGAUAAGGUCCCUCUCUAUCUCUUUUCCCAUUUUUGCUUAUUGUUGUACGACAGAAGGAAAGCAAUAAAAAACCAAAAGUAACCAUUUCCAACCAUCAUCAACA